AUGACAGUGGAUAAGAUUGGCACCAUUUUCCAGGUCAAUGCCAAUACCUUAUACAUAACUGAUGAUGCAAACACAGCAAUUUUUCCAGAAUCUUCUGGGAAUUUUUUGUACAUUAACCUUUCCCAUCGAGGGCAUUAUGAAGUGCACGGGGACCCGAUUCAUGCGCAGUCUGUGGGUGGUCAACAUGGUGCUCAACCAGCAGUUCCUUUUUCCUUCAUGCGUAGAGCAUCUGCUCCUGCCUCCACUGGGGUGUCCCAACCUGGAACAUCUCGACAAAGUCGCCCCAACAUGUUUCCUGCUAAGGAUUUCCAAAGUUCAUAUAGGUGA